UCCGACGUGGCCCCACCACCCACCAAGGCCGGAUUGACGUUUAGUGGGACCUCCAUCCGUGCUUUGUCCAAUUUGCCUCAUUGCUCUUUCUGUCAUUCAUUGACUCACGUGAGAAAGAACUGUCUUUUAGCCGGUAAAUGCUGGCACUGUGGAAAACAUGGUCAUAUGCGCUCUCAGUGUGCAAGUUACAAAGAAGCUAAAUUACGUGCUCAAGCAAUCAAAGAAAACGAACAGUCCAAAAACAAGUCAGAUACUGAAGAGGAAGAUGAUUUCCUCCCAGCCUCAGCCCAUAACAAUGCCAGAAAGUUUUACAAGCAACAACAAACUUCCGAAUCACAAGCCCCAAGUCAAGGCAACAACAUGCCUAUUCUUCCUAAAAAUGUGAUUAAAGCAAAAAGAGCUCUUGUCGAAUAUAGCAAGAGUUCAGACCCUGAACCAUCAUCCAAAAGAACUCAUAAUGAGAUGGAAGAUGAUUCAACACCUGAAGAAUCUAAUGCUUCUUCGGGUUCCAACAAAUUUAACCAUUCAGCAGAUACUGAAAGGUUCAAAGCACUGUUUGACGAAAACGAAUCUGGAAAUCCUACACAAGAGGAUUCACCAUUUUUCGUUUGUACAUGUGAACAGUGUAUGGGCUCCUUCCGAGCAGAUCAGAUGAGAGGUGAAGUUUGUGAAACCUGUUCGCAGGUUUCGCAUAAUCUAUGGUUGAUCCAAGAAAUCCGUAUCCUCAAUGAUAAAGAUUUUAAAUUAUUAAAGAAACGGUUAUCCAACCAUAAACUUGAACUCCACAUGCAUAAUUGGAAUGAUUUAACAUGCAUUGUAUUUAAAAAUAUUGGACAAAAUAAGAAAAUUUCCUUACUUGCACCAGAACAUAUCAUUAAUUUCACGACUUUGGAAAAUCGAAUUACUUCGCUGGUAAUUCAUUUAAGAGACUCAUCUCGGGAAAUAUUAUUAUUAAGUGUCUAUCUUCAUUCUGGUAACUAUAAAAAUCAAUUAGCAUUAUUAAGAAAACUUUCUGAUCAACUUCUGCAAUUCAAUAAUGAGAAUCCUGAUAUACACUUUCUCAUUGGUGGUGAUUUUAAUAACGUUUUGGAUCAAGAUUUAGAUGUUAUUCGGCCUGAUAUUCUUAUCAGGCCCCGUUUAACAGCGCAAGAAAAAGAUAUUAUGGACUAUUUUGAAGCAUUUAUCGCUGAACAUAAUCUUGCUGAUGUUAAAACUCAUUUAUAUCCCAACACAACUGAACCCACAAAUAAUAUGAAUACAAAAAGAAGAUUAGAUAGAUUUUAUCUUUCUAAUGACCUCAUUUGGAGUUUAUUAGAUUAUCGGAUUCCUGAAGAUCAUACCAUUGGUUCAACACAUUUUGCUAUCGUAAUGAAAAUGAAAAUAUGCAUUUCUCCUAAACUUAAAAUUGGUGAUCCGAGAUUUUGUAUUCCCAAUAAAUUAUUAGCAGAUGAUAAUGUAUUGCAGUGCUUGAAUCAAUACAGACCAAGAUUCCUUGAUAAUAUAUUCCUUUCCUGGGAAGACAAUCUUGAUUAUCUCACAGCAGAAAUUCAACAAUUGAAACAACUAAUACAUAGACUUCAGAGAAUAAGGCAGGCUGAAACUCAACAUGUAAUUCCGAAAACCGAUGAAGAUCAAGAAAGGCUUUUGAAAUACCGCUUUCGUGGACCUCGGGAAGUUAAUAUCAUUGAAAAUAUGGAGCGUACUGAUGGUACGCCAGUUAUUAAUACUCCAGAAAUGCUUAAUGUUGCCACUUCCUUCUACAAAGAAUUAUAUCAACAAUACCAUGUGCCAUUGGAUCCUUUAUCCGAAUUUAUCAAUACUUUUCCACAUAAACUUACCAGUUCAGAGAAAACAUCAUUGGAAAAACCUUUCACUGAAGAUGAAUUAUAUGACCAUUUAGUUAUUAUCUCCAAAUCCACAUCCACAGGAACUGACGGCAUUUCUUACUACUCAUUAAUAAGAUUAUGGCCCCG